AUGACUACAAUUUAUCAAAUGACCCAUCAAAAGCAAAACGUGGAAACUCAAGUAGCUGAGAUUACACUAAAUGCUAAUGAUUUGAAAUAUGAAAAACUACUUUCAAAAAUUUUACCAUCAAACAUUACAGCGCCUUUCGCCUUCGAAACUAUUGGUCAUAUUAUACAUUUGAAUUUCAAAGAUGAAAUUCUGCCUUACAAAUAUUUGAUUGCGGAGUAUUUGUUGAAAAAGCACAAAAACAUUCGAACCGUUGUUAAUAAAGUAAAUAAAAUUACUUCAAUGUUUCGAGAAUGUCCGUUUGAACUGUUAGCCGGCGAACCUGUCAACGAGGACGGACGAGAAUUGAUCAAAAAAAGCGAAUUUAAGAGAAGAAAAUAUUGUGAGGAUCAAGUUGUGUAUUACAUCAUGAAUUUACCGAAAACAGCAAUGGAAUUUUUAGAUUCAUUUACUGGCGCAGAAAAAAGAUUUUGA